CUUACUUCUCAUUCAAAAAAAGAGAGACUAGGUUAGCUUAGCUUGCUGGUUUCACAUUAUCCCUAUGGCUUUCGGUCUCAACAUGAAUCCCAGUGGCAGCUCAGCCUUUUCAGUUUAUCAGAAACUGCUCGUUUUAGUCUCCCUGCUGGCGUUUGUCGGCGCCUCUAGUGACUCAGCUAAAACAGUGGAGUUUAACGUGAAGCCGGGAGGUGUGGUUCACACUUUCUCUGAGAAAAUAAAAGAGUAUGAAUGCAUCUUUACCUAUGCUUCGCAAGGAGGUACCAAUGAGCAGUGGCAGAUGAGUGUGGGUCUGAGUGACGAUGACAAGCUCUUCUCCUGCUCCGUAUGGAGGCCCCAGGGGAAAUCCUACUUGUUUUUCACGCAGUUCAAAGCGGAGAUUAAAGGAGCUAAGAUUGAGUACGCCAGUGCAUAUUCCCAGGCGGCUGUUGGAGGUCAAAAGGAUGUUGCUCUGAAGAAUGAGGAGUACACAGUAGGUGACUCUACAGUGACCCAUAACGAUGGUAAAUUCCGCGCCGAACUCUCAAAGCUGACCAUCAUUGGACGGACGCGCCAUGACGAGCUCUGAUCCGUCCGGCUCGGAGACACCCACCCUAACGCACAGGGGGGGAUAAAGAGGAUGGAUGAGUCUCCAGAAAGUUCUUGAAGCUCCAUCACCGAACUGUCUUCUAUGACAUCUGAGCAAUGGAAACGAAAGAGAUGAAAGGACAACAAAUCAAACAGAGACUUCUUAUCAGAGACUUGUAUCUACAGAAAUUGCUUUACGUCUCCUGGGAUAAACAUGAUUGACAGGGUUAAAGGAUCCCAGAAAAGAGACCUGGAUAGCCGUCUAAGAAUAAUUUCUUUGGGGUACUUCAUGUACAUUAAAGGGCUCAUAUCAUACAUUUUCCUUCUGUAUUAUUUUAGUAACUUAAGGUCCACACAUAUGUUUCUUUUUAUGUACCAAAAAUGGUCGUAAUUCAUUUUUACGUGACCGUUUUCCACCUAUUCUUUAUCACUUGAUAUAACUUGAACAGGCUGUUUUUGUUACUGCGCCUUUAAAACAGAUUAAAGACAAAUUAAGAUAAGCUAUGUUCUGAUUGGCUGUCCUGUAUCGGGCCCUAUUCAAAAAGCACUCGGUAUGAAUGGGCGAGGAUAAACUGUUGUAGGCUGAAUAGGUGGAUGGAUGUAAAUGAGCUGGUUUUUAUGACAUCACAGAAGCAGUUCAUUCAGAACUUAAUGUUUUUGAAGCUUAUUUUCCAUAUAUGGACCAUAUGAACUGGGUAGUGAAUAGUAUGUUUUGAAACUACAUAUUACUUCAAACUUCAGAAUUUCAAAAAUGUGAAGGUUUUCUAUGAUGUGGGCCCUUUAAGAAGGUACACUUUUUCACAAAGUUGUCUUAAAAGCAGGUGAUGGGUGUAAGGAUCUUUAUUUCAGCUUUCAUUUUAGCCCUCUAGCACUGGUUUCCAGUUUAAGGUUUCGGUCUAGCAUUGCCAUUACAUGCCCCAGAGCUCAGAGUUGGAGGACAUUACGGAUUAUGUUUCAGUAUCAUGUAUAAUACAUACCGUCUCGCUUUGUAUAGAUGUCCUCUGUUCCUGAUCAGUUCCUCCUCAUCCUGUCUGGUCAUCCUAGACUGCCUGGGGAUUUAAAAGAAACAACAGUAGUGUCCACUUUUCCACCAGGAUUUUACAUAAACAACUAUUUUUUUCACACCCUGGGUCUAAUGAACCGUGUAUUCAGAUUUUAAUAAAUAAAUUCAGCUUUUAUCAAAGAGA